AUGGUGAUCGGGAACAUCUAUGUGAUUGCCUCCGUCGCCGUCGUCGGCGGUGGCCUCUUUGGCUUUGACAUUUCGUCCAUGUCAGCUCAGCUGUCGGAAAACGCUUACAAGUGUUACUUCAACCAGGGUCCCAAUGGCCCACCUUUCAAUGACGAUGAAACAUGCAGUGGUCUUACAUCCUUGAAUCAAGGUGGUGUCACGGCUGCUAUGGCGGCAGGCUCCUGGCUGGGCGCCUUGAUUUCUGGGUUUGUAUCUGAUCGUCUUGGCCGCAAAUAUUCUAUCAUGCUUGGCUGUACAAUUUGGGUGGUGGGUUCGGUCAUUAUCUGCGCGGCGCAGAACAUUGCCAUGUUGUGCGUAGGCCGCGUCAUCAACGGAAUUGCGGUCGGCAUUGAGAGUGCACAAGUCCCCGUCUAUAUCUCGGAGUUAUCACCGCCGUCAAAACGUGGUCGUUUCGUCGGCUUGCAGCAGUGGGCUAUUACAUGGGGUAUUCUGAUCAUGUACUACAUCUCUUAUGGCUGCUCGUUCAUUGGAGGAAAGGAUUCGUCCAACUAUAGCGCCGCAGCCUGGCGCGUUCCUUGGGGCCUACAGAUGAUCCCUGCCGUCAUCCUGUUCUUUGCGAUGAUGCUUUUGCCCGAAUCACCUCGCUGGCUCGCUCGUAUGGACCGCUGGGAGGAAUCACAUGAAGUUCUUGCCCUGGUACAUGGUCAUGGCGACCGAGAUCACCCCUUCGUUUCUAUUGAGCUACAGGACAUUCGAGAUAUGUGUGAACAGGAACGACAGUUCGGCCAUGUCAGCUAUCAGAGUCUUUUUGCUCCACGAAUGAUCAAUCGGACCAUGAUCGCGCUUUUCACACAGAUUUGGUCUCAACUUACAGGAAUGAAUGUAAUGAUGUACUAUAUCAGCUAUGUAUUCACCAUGGCCGGAUAUUCUGGCAAUGCAGCCCUCCUCUCCUCGUCGGUUGAAUAUGUCAUCAAUGUAUUCAUGACCCUCCCUGCGCUGAUAUGGCAAGAUCGAUGGGGACGUCGCCCAACCAUGCUUGUUGGUGCAUUCUUGAUGACCGUUUUCAUGUUCGCAAACGCAGGAAUUCUGGCCGGUCAGGGUGUGAUUGUCCCGAUGUCUGAGAGGAGCAGUCCAGAGGUGUCGAUGAGUGUUAGUGGUGCGGCCUCGAAAGGAUUGGUGGCCUGCACAUAUUUAUUCGUUGCGUCAUAUGCACCCACGUGGGGUCCGGUGUCAUGGACAUACCCGCCCGAGUUAUUCCCCUUGCGUCUGCGUGGUAAAGGUGUGGCACUGGCCACUUCGGGUAACUGGGCCUUCAACACGGCGUUGGGUCUUUUCACACCAUCGGCCUUUACGAAUAUCGCUUGGAAGACCUAUAUCUUAUUUGGCGUGUUUAAUGCGGCCAUGUUCAUUCAUGUGUUCUUUGCCUUCCCCGAGACGGCUGGUAAGACACUGGAAGAGACCGAAGCGAUGUUCGAGGAUCCCAAUGGAAUCAAAUACAUGGGUACCCCUGCCUGGAGGACCCGUGUGCAAACCCGUACCACUGUGGCUCUAGAACAUGGCGAUUUGGAGGCUGCCAAGGCUCAGGAGGCUCGCUCUGAGGUGGUUAGUGGAGAACAAACCAUGGCCACUCAGUGA